AUCCGGGUCUCAGUGGUUCCAGUUUGGCGACUCGUCGCCAUUAGUAUUUGCUCGUUUUUACGAGGGUAUUCUUUGGACGAUUAAAAAAAAUAAACGCGACAAUUUGCCCGUUCUCCAUUCACUGGAGAGCGGCUAACAACUUUUUUUUGGACUCGGUGCUCCCUUGCGAGGGAAACGCUCGGGUUUCUCGGGGUGUCGGCCCCGAAGCGUGAGCGCUCGUUUACUCCGUCGCCACCGCCUCGGUUCUUCCUGCACUGAGACGCCUGAUCCGUCUCUUUUUUUCUCGGUUUGUUUUGCUCUCAUGAUGUCGCCGUAAUGGAGUCUCCGCGUGUGACAGAAAUGAGCCAGGGCCUUAGCCGCCUGACCCGCACUCGCAGCAGCCCGUUGUCCUACCCCCGUGCCCCGUUUAAUGUUAGAGAGCUCGAACGCUCUCUGCCCGGAGUCCGGCCUCGUACAUCCGCAAAGCAGCAGCGCCAACAUGGAGAAAACACCCAGCAGCAACGCCAGCAACAAGGGACCGCCCCGCUCUGGUUCGACCGGCCCAACUCCUGGCGAGUCUAAACCUAAAGCAGAUGCUAAAAAUGGUGGUGGGCCCAAGCGCUAUAACCGCAAGCGCGAGCCCGCCUUCCCCAAGAGUGACAAUUUCCUUGGCCCACGGCGCCCCAAUCCACAGAAAAGCAAGAAUUUCGACAAGAGACCCCCUCAGAGAGGAGGGGGGAGUAAUGGGAAGCAGUAUGGCAGCACAGGUGGUGGCAGAAGGGAAGAGGUAGCAGAGGCUCGCCGGGCUGAGUUCAGCCCGGCUCAGUUUGCAGGACCCAAGAAGAUCAGUCUCAAUCACCUGCUCAACUUCACCUUUGAGCCACGGGGCCAUGGAGGUGCUGCCGGGGGAGACAGCCACACCAGCUGGGGGCACCGCAACAAGUGGGGCCACAAGCACAAGCCCUUCAAUAAGGAGCUCUUUCUGCAAGCCAACUGCCAGUUUGUGGUCUCUGAAGAUCAGGACUACAGCACACACUUCACUGACCCCGACACGCUGGUCAGCUGGGACUGUGUGCAGCAGGUGCGCAUCUACAGCCAUGAGGUGCCCUCAUGCCCCAUCUGCCUGUACCCGCCGUUGGCUGCCCACAUCACCCGUUGUGGCCACAUCUUCUGCUGGUCCUGCAUGCUGCACUACCUCUCCCUGAGUGACAAGAGCUGGUCCAAGUGCCCCAUCUGCUAUGAGGCCGUGCACGACGGUGACCUCAAGAGUGUGGUUGCCAUGGAGACCCGGCAGUACCUGGUGGGUGACCUCAUCACCAUGCAGCUCAUGCGACGAGAGAAGGGUGCUUUGGUUGCACUGCCCAGCUCCCAGUGGGUGAAGCUGGAGGAGCCCAUUAAGCUGGGGGACGCUCCGCUCAGCCCCUACUCUAAGCUGCUGCUGGCGUCCCGCGAGCAGGUGCUGGGCCUGGUGCGGGAGGAGCGGAUGGCCUUGCAGGCCCAGCUCUGCGUGGAGGACGAGCACGAGGCCCAGGCCUGCUUCAUCCAGGCCGCCCUGCAGCUGCUCCAGGAACGUGAAGAGGCACUGAGGAAGGCCAGCCCCCAGGAUGCUCUGAGCCUGGGCCGCCUGAGCUUGUGCAGCUCCCCCGGCCGGGAGGCGGAGCUUCCGGCCCAGCCCGGCAAUAAGAAGAACUCGUCUGUCCUGGCUGGAGAGGUGGGGCAGACUGGGGACGGUGGGGGGCCCAAAGCGUCCCCCAAACUUCAAUGCCAGUCCUCGGAGGACGUCCCUUCCAGCCCAAGCGAAAUGACACCCCCCCAAAACGUGGAGAAUGGGCCCUGCUACUACUUCUACCAGGCGGAAGACGGCCAGCAGCUGUUCCUGCACCCGGUGAACGUGCGCUGCCUGAUGCGCGAGUAUGGCAGCCUGGAGGCUAGUCCCCAGUCCAUCACUGCUACGGUGGUGGAGAUUGAUGGCCACACCGUCACUGAGGAGGUACGCCGUCGUCAUCGCUACCUGUCCCACCUGCCACUCACCUGCGAGUUCAGCAUCUGUGAGCUGGCACUGCAGCCGCCAGUUCUGUCCAAAGAAACCCUGGACAUCUUUGCCGAUGAACUGGAGAAGCGACGGCGCAUGCGGCAGAAGAAAGCAAGGGAGGAGAAGAGGAGGGAGAGACGCAUUGAGAUGGAGGAGAACAAGAAGCAGGGCAAAUACCCGGAGGUGCACAUUGGCCUUGAGAACCUGCAGCAGUUCCCAGCCUUCGGCUCGCCCUUCCAAAGCGGGGACCCUGCGCUGCCAGCCGACCUCUUUCUGGGGCCGUCGGCCUCCCCCCUGUGCGGCAGCCCCGCCUCUGAUGGCAUCAUGUUUCCGUCCCUCAGUGGGUCUAGCCCGGCCCUGAGCGUCGGCAGUGUCGACGAUGAUUCCCACUGCCUCUCCUUCGCUCAGAUGCUGAGAGAUGGCAGAGCCCGAGCUGACCCUGGGCCCAAGGCCGUCCCAAAGAAAGGUGAGCCAAUGUGCAGGCAGCCACCGCUCUGUGCCUUGCUUCCGCACCGCAUUCACAUCAGGCCUCCCAACCCCCCCACAGCAGAGACGAUGCUGGCCCCCCCAGCUGGCGACAGCGACGGGGAGAGCGACAGCUCGGACCGGGUCCCAGUGCCCAGCUUCCAGAACUCCUUCAGCCAGGCUUUCGAGGAGGCCCUCCUGCAGCUGGACCACGGCCGAGCCGGCCCACCCGAGCACGUCCUCAUCCCUGCUGAGGAGAAAGGGGGGGGGAAGAAGAAGAAGAAGAAGCAGAAGCUCUUGUUCAGCACCUCCAUGGUCCACACCAAGUAGCCGGCACUGAAGCAAACGUCUGCCACAAAUGCGAUCUUCCCACUUUUUUUAGCAUCUUAGCAUUUGACACAUUAAUCAGUCCCAGCCUUAAGCUCAGCUCAAUUUUGCCAAAGCAGUCAACAUCCCCACCCCCCACUCCCACUCCCCUCAUCUCACCUCCUCUGCUGUCACUUCCUCAAAGGGAAUCUGUUUACAAAUGCAUUGCAUAACACCUUGGAAACCUAACCUGAAGAGAUGGUGCUUUAAACCAUCUGAAUUUUACACCCCUGCCAGUAGGGGGUGCUACUCCACGUGUUGGUUAAUGUCCUACCACAGUUUUCCCCCAGAAGUGUCAUUGAUUUAGGGGUAGCAGUCAGCCAGCUGCAGGUCUCCUCCAGCUUCACAAUGCACCUUCUGGUCAGAGGUUUGCUGUGAAUGUCCUGUCCCCACCCUGAACACCUCAGCCAUCCCUGAACCAUGAAUUAUUUACAUUUACAUUUCUACAAGCAGCACCCCCAUUUGCAGCUAAAUGUACUUAAACAUUUCACAUUUAUUCAGCAUCAGUAUCACAUGCUUUGAUCCUGGUUUUGGUUGUAUUAAACUCCUUUCGUCCCUUUGGUCCUUUCAGCCUUGGUGGAUGGACCCCGACGGCAGACACUGGAGAAAAACUUAUUGGGGGGGGGGUGUGUAUAGGUGAAGCUUGUACGGCCCGAGUGUAUAUUUUUCUGGAUUUUGUUUUUCUUACCCCUCCCAGGAUCGUAUAGGUAAGGGUAGAGUUUGUUUCAUAACCAUUAGCCCUGGUCUCUUUAAGUGUUGCGGAGAUAUUUUAACAUAGUUGGAGCUUGAGAAUCGCUGAUUCUUGAACACUUCGUUUGUACCAUAAUGCCCAGGUGAAAUAUGGAUAUGUAAAGAAAAACAUGUUUCUAAAGCAAGUGUUUGGGUUUUUUUUUUUUUUUUGUUCCCCCAAGUUAAGAAACGGCUGAAAGUCUGAAUAAAUAAUUGUGCACA